AUGGGAUACCUCACAGAAAAGAGAAAGCACACAGAACAAAACCAGAGAAUCCUCAGAGGGCUUCUCAAAGAGCCUGGAAACAGGUACUGUGCGGACUGCAAGGUGGCCAAGAACCCUCGGUGGGCAUCAUGGAGUUUGGGUAUCUUUAUUUGCAUCAGAUGCUCUGGAAUUCACCGUUCCAUGGGUACGCACAUCUCGAAAGUUAAAUCGGUUGAUUUGGAUUCUUGGACUGACGAAGAAGUUCAAUCUAUGGUGCUCUGGGGUAACGAGAAGGCGAACAAGUUCUGGGAGGCCGGUCUUCCCGACGGAUAUGUGCCGGAUGAGGGGAAAAUUCAAAGCUUUAUACGGACAAAGUAUGACAUGAAGAAAUGGUGUCCUCCUGGCAGCAAUGGCCAUGUUCCAGACCCUAGAACGAUUAAAAAUGGGCAUUCUGCGUCUGUAACUACCUCGGCAAUUUCACAGAAUGGAUCUUUUGGUGCCCACGGAGCCAAUUCGUCGGAAACGCAAUCCUCAAACACACUUUUAGACUUAGGUGUGGACUUACAGACGGCGAAACCGAUGCAGAAAAGCGAACCAAUCACAUCUUUGCGACCACAACCAACAAGGAGCAUCUCUUCGAAUUCGCAAUCGACCCUUUCCAUGCUGGAUGGAAGCAUUUCCCAGGAGCAAAGUCGGCAAAAGCAGAAAAACAGCCGGCCCGAGCUCAAGAAGUCGAUUCUCUCGCUUUAUUCGACUCCUUCAGCAUCGUCACAGUCGCUUCCAGCAUCGUCGAAUACCAGAAAUGGGGCAUCCUCCAACUUUGGCUACCUGUCAUCCCAGAAUCAGACAGUGCUUUCUGGAUUUUCCACACCUGUCGCACCUCUACCCACAUCAAGGAAUGUGCAGGCUGCUUGGAAUGUUAGCAAUAUUUGGGCAAGCAGCAAGUCAUCGUCUACAAGUGAUUCGAUGCAGGAUUCACGAUCUGGCUCACAAACAGGAAAUAACGAUGCAUUCAAGAAUAUCUGGAAAUAA